UCCACUGUGCCCUUGCGCUCUCGGUUGCUCACUGAAUGACUGACUGCUCGCUCGCUCGGCCCGGGGGUCUGUAGCUCGUUUAUUUGUGUGCUGGAAAGUCGAGCUUUGUUCACAGUUAGAAGACAGAAUGAUGGCCGCGAGAUUUCUGCUCCGCCGCGCGGCUCCUGCGCUGAAACAGGUUCGCGCUUACGCCGAGGCGGCCGCCGGGUCUCCGCAGAUGUCCUUCACAUUCGCCUCGCCGAAUGAGGUCUUCUUCAAUGGAGCCAGUGUGAAGCAGGUCGAUGUCCCCACGAUGACCGGCGCCUUCGGUAUCCUCCCAGCUCAUGUCCCCACGCUGCAGGUGCUGAGGCCCGGGGUGGUCACUGUCUUCAGCGAGGACGGCUCCUCUGCUAAGUAUUUUGUGAGCAGUGGUUCAGUCACCGUCAAUGCUGACUCUUCGGUGCAGCUGCUUGCUGAGGAGGCUGUUCCUCUGGAUAGCCUGGACCUUUCUGCUGCUAAAGCUAAUCUGGAUAAGGCCCAGUCCGAGUUGGUCAGCGCUUCAGAUGAGGCCUCUAGGGCAGAAGCCCAGAUCAGCAUAGAAGCCAAUGAAGCUAUCAUCAAAGCUCUGGAAUAAAUUUGUCAUCUUCAUGGUCAGAAGCUCUUAUCAAUUCCCGAACCCAGACGAAGUCAGUAACCGCAAGUCAAGCCGAUUGCUUUGUACAGUGGAUGAAUAUACCAAUAAAUUUAUUUGGAAAUAA